GAUCAACGAUUUCUCAGGACUUACAUCAGCGAUUGAGUGAGAAUGGAAACCGAAAGUGACUGAGUAAGUUUUUGGAAACGAAACAUUACUUUGAGGCGGGGCUUGAGUUGAUGCUUUAUAAACAUCCAUGCCUCGGCUCACUGUGACCAGAGGCACAUUGAUUUCGCUGUGACUCACAAGACUUAUUCAAGAAAACAACAACAAAAGCCGUAGCAGCCUAUUUGCACAACCCAGCUCGGUAAUGGAACUGGCAAUAAAACUGUUAAACGGAGACGUGAAGCGGCUGGUGGUGAAAGUUGAUGCCACAGUUGGCGAACUCAAGCAGCUCAUUUCUCAGCACUUCAGUCAGCCUCCUUACAAACAGAAGCUUUCUAGCGACAACGGUCAACGUAUCAGCCUUGAGGAUGAUUCCAGAAGCCUCAGCAGUUACGGUUUGCACUCAGGAUCAGUGGUGAUGCUGCUCAUCACGAACCCCCCUUUCCAAGUGUUCGUCAAGAACGAAAAGGGACAGACCAAAACCUAUGACGUUGAAGUCAAUGAGACCGUAGAUCAGCUUCAGACUAAGAUCUUCCGCAAAGACGGUGUCCCCAAGGAUCAGCAGCGACUGAUUUACAACGGCAGACAACUGGAGGCUGGCAUGAAGCUGCAAGACUACGACAUCACAUCUGGAAGCACCAUUCACAUGACUCUCCGCCUCCGAGGAGGUUAAUCGGUUAGAAUGUGUACAAAAAAAUGUUGUUAUGUGUUAAAUUAUGUAAAUGCUGUAAAUAUGAUAGGCUUUGACUAUUAACUGUGUUAUAUACGUUACUAUGUCUUACGAACUCAUGUAAUUCCAGAGUAGGUAUUUAUCUGUAUUUUUUAACUUAUAUCUUAUAUGGCUAAUUAUGAAUGAUAUUUAACACAUUUGCAUCGUAAGUAAAAUAAUAAAUGCUCUAAACAUUCCUAAGCAGGGUUUCAGUUUUUAUUGACUUAUUGUCUAGACCAGUGGUUCUCAAACUUUUUGACUCCAAGGCUUCCCGUUGUCCAAGUCAUUAUCCAAAGUUCCCCAUCCCCAAUAAAUCUGUGAUUUGUAAUUCAA